AUGGCCGGAUUCAACCGGCUCCUGGCCGUUGUCGGUCUCCUAAUAACAAUACCCCUAACCCGAGCGGCUGUACCGCCGGCCCUCCCGCUCAAGUCGUCGAGCCGCUGGAUCCUGGACAACAACAACCAGCGUGUCAAGCUUCGCUGCGUGAACUGGGCAGGCCACAUGGAAGCCAACAUCCCCGAGGGCUUGCACCGCCAAUCCAUGGACUACAUCGUCGACUGGAUCGACCAGCAAGGGUUCAACUGCGUGCGCCUGACGUACAGCACCGACUACGCCCUGGACCCGGCCAGGCCCGUCUCGGAGUCCUUCACCAACGCCGCGUCGAACGCCGGCGUGCCCCUGGACAGGAUGGCGGACAUGUUCAACCGCGUGGUGGACAGGAACCCGUGGAUCGCCAACGCCACGACGGGCGACGUGUUCGCGGCCACCGUCGACAAGCUCUGGGCGCGCGGCAUCAUGACCAUCAUGGACAACCACGUGUCGCGCGCGUCGUGGUGCUGCGACCUGACGGACGGCAACGGGUGGUGGGACGAGGCGUUUGGGUACAACCCCUGGAACAGCCGCUUCUUCAAGACGCAGGACUGGCUGGCCGGCCUGCAGGCCGUGGCCGCGUGGGCCCAGUCGCACCCGGGCGUGGUGGCGCUGUCGCUGCGCAACGAGCUGCGCGCCUUCUUGCUGCAGGACCUCAACGGCCGUGCCGACUGGUACAAGUACAUGAAGCAGGCCGGCGAUCUAGUCCACCAGACGCACCCGGACGUGCUGGUCAUCGUCGGCGGCCCGCAGAGCGCCACGGACUUGCUCCACAUCCGCACUGGACAGAUGCUCGAUACCUCCGGCUGGCCGGGGAAACACGUCUGGGAGAUGCACGCCUACAGCUUUACCGUGACCUUUCCGGACGCCUUCAAGAACUGCGACAUUGUCAAGACGCAGUACGGCCUGAUGGACGGCUUCGUGCUCGAGCAAGGGAAACCCUACACGGGCCCCCUCAUCCUGAGCGAGUUUGGGGUGGGAAUGCAGGGCGGCGAGUUCGACGGCCUCAAUGAGCAGGACAAUCGCUAUCUGGAGUGCCUUGUGUCGUACAUGCAGAACAACGACGCCGAGUGGGCCGUCUGGGCCAUCCAGGGUAGCUACUACGUCCGGCAGGGGGUUGUGGACCACGACGAGACGUGGGGUCUGAUGGACUAUGAGUGGAAGGGCUGGAGGAAUCCGGGGUUCCCUAAGAGGCUAGGAGCGAUGUGGCAGAUGACGCAACAUCCUUAG